AUGCAGAGCCUAGGCUUAGGUUUUCCGCUAUACCGCAGCUUUCGCCAGUAAUGAGCUUCGCGCUCUCAUGCACACAUUCUUACCAACAAUGGAGAACACAAAAAAAAAUAAAAACUUUUUAAGUAAAGUGUCUUCUCCAAGCUUGCGCUAAUGAAGCGACUGAAGAAGGCACUGUUUUAAAAUUUUGAAGAAUGAGGGAUACUUGUUCAGGUUCAACCCUCGCGAUCAUAGAGAAGGAGCCAACGAGGAAGCCAGGAGGAUGCAUUGGCAUCUUCCUCCAUCUAUUUGACUGGAAGAAGAAGAAGCAAUUCUCCAGGAAGCUUCUGCCUCCAGUUAAUGCUGCAAAGAGGGCAUUGAAGAGGCUUGGUGGGCAAGAUAAGUUCGCCAUUGCCAAGCAAUUACCGGUAUCCCAAGAGAGUCGUGGAGGUUCAUGCUCUUACCAAGAUUCCUCUGCGAAGGAAAUGUGCGCUCCAACCAUGAUAGCCCGACUGAUGGGACUGGAAUCGAUGCCCAAUGUUCACCAUGAGAACAAGCAAGCGGAGAGCCGAAAGGUUUGUUCAAAGUCUAAGACGCUGCCCAAGACCACGAAAUUGUUGAAGAAUCGACGAUCUCUAGGAAAAGAUACGUUCCGGUUGGAAAUGAGUUUGGAAGAGCAGCACAGGGUGGCGUCAGUAAUUCAGAGUCAAAGGAGAUCACCAAGGAGAAGGAAAGCACGGUUGAGGGAGGUUGCUACAAGGAUCUUGGAACCCGGUUUGCAGUUCAGGAACGCUUCUAAAUUUGGCAUCACCAACUUUGAUAGCUCGGUGAAAAUUGCAGGUGGAUCAGAUAUGCCCUCAAGUCAUGAUCUCCAUGUUGGUUCUUGCGCAAACUGUGGGAGUUUAGUGGAAGUCAUGAAUUUGAGAGUAAAUGGCAAGUGCCCUGAAGAACUUGAUCAUGAGUAUAGAGGUUCAUCGUCAUCAUCAUCAUCAAAUUUUGAAGUGAGGAGGGAAGAGAGUUUAGGAAGGGGAGUCAUGCAGGGAUGCAAGAAAAAUCAAAAUGUUUGCAACAGAGAAAGAAGUUUCAAUACAAGAAAUGGUCACGGUAGAUACAGGACUCCUGAGAAUCUAACUUUAAGAAAAAAUCAGUUGGCAUCAGGGAUUGAAAAUUAUUCUUCAGAUAGUGAGGCUAAUGUGAUUGCUGGUGCUUCAAGCAAUAGCUCGGGAAAUAGGACACUUGUGAUGGGAAGAACUAGAACAGGGAGGGGAAAUGAAACAAAAACAUGGAGCAUGGAAUUGGACAAGGAUAAGAUGAUAGCCAGAAGGAGACCUGCCAGUAACCAUCACAUUGCAUGUGAUGAACUCUCUGGUGGAGAUUUCUUGAGCCAAAAGAGAAUCACAAAGGAGUUGCCAAUGCGUAAAAAAUUUGCACGAUCCAUUGUUAGCCAUCCCAAGGAGCAGAGUAUCACAAGAAACGAGUUGAUUGAAGAUAUAAAGUCCAUUAAUGGAAGUAAAAAAGAGAAACAAAGAAUUUUUCUGUCUUUUAGUUCAGGAAGAAGACAUGUUACAAGAUCUACAUGCCAACUGAACAUGGUUGGGAGGAACAAGUGCUUUAAUAAAGUCAUUAGUGGCACUUCUCCAAAAGAUUCACUGCUUGUUGAUCUAAGGGAUAAACUCUCCCAUCUCCAAGAUUUUGAGCAGAACUACAAUUUUCAGACAGAUGAUUGUUUUCCGGGAAUCAAUUCACUGUCAAUACUGGGCAGAACUUCCUCUUUUGAAAAGAAUUACUUGUGUUCCGCUGGUUACUUGGACUUUUCUCACCAGACUUUCACUGAUGAACAGACUGGAAACAUAAAUGAAAAUAUUCAGGAAAAUGCAAAAUCUAGAACUCGUGUAAAUCCUAUCUCUUGUGACGGUGAAACUGAUGUGUCGUAUGUGGAAGCUUCAACCUCGAGUGAUAGUUGCUGCUGCCUGAACCACAAUUGCCUAUCAGGAUACAAGCAAAUGGAGUGCCACUCGCCAGAGAACUGCACCAAAAUGGAAGAAAGGAAUGCAGAAACUGAUGACUCAGAAACCUUAGUUGACAUCAAUAGACUCCACAGUAGCAAGCUUUCUGCAAUUACUGGCAGCAAACUAUUUAAGCAGAAUAACUACCCUGAUGAAGCACAAGAAGAAGUUAGAAAUGGAAUGCAAGGUAGAGCAAAAUGCAACGUGGCUACUAUGCUGGUUCAAGGGGAGAAUCUACAGGGGCAACUUCUUUUAGACUGCAUGGUAGAAUCUUUGGAUUCACUCUACGAUUAUUUCUGUCAUAAAAGUUACGAAGGCUUUGUUAGAUACCAAUAUUUGAGCAAAAGAAGAUUGGCAGAGUUGGUUGAGGAGAAGAUCAUAAGAUGGCAGCAUAUGGACAGUAAGAGCCCGGUUGAGCUUACUAAGCAAGAAAUCCAGCUACCAACAAACAUAGACUGGCUUGAGUUAAUGACAGGGAGAAUUGAGCUGAGUAAAAACAUUGAGGAAGAUACACUAGCUUUGAUUAUAAAUGAACUGGUUGUAGACCUUUUCCGAUGUUGAAUUAGUCACUUGUUCUUUUAAAAACUAGUUGGAACUCAAUUGCAUCCAUGGAUUUUGUA